AUGACAUCUCCGAACCCCACGCCGGCGACAGGGCUGCUGAACCUCGAGAAAGAGUUGAUCUGUUUCAUUUGCACCGAAGUACUCUAUCAGCCGCUUACCCUCAUCGACUGUCUGCACACGUUCUGCGGGUCAUGCCUGAAAGAAUGGUUCUCUCAUCAGCAUCGAAAAGCCUCCCACUCCCACUCGCAUACGCCGAACUUGCAGCCGUACACCUGCCCAACAUGCCGGGCCAGUGUAAAAGACGCCCAGCACAAUGCCAUGAUCAACACAUUGUUAGAAAUGUUUCUGGCCGCGAACCCAAACAGAGCCCGUUCGGGGGAAGAGAAGGAGGAGAUGGCCAAGGUCUACAAGUCGGGCGACAACAUCUUGCCGAAAGUCGAUGGGAGGAGACGAGAGAGGAGAAGAAGAGAGCAAGACGAUCAUGCCAGAAGAGAACGCCGUGAAGCCGAAGAGGCGCGCGAGCGUAGUUUACGAGAGGUCUCUGGCACAUCCAGUCCACCCCAGUCGGCCAGUCUUCUCAGCCCAAGACACGCACAGGACAGAAGCCGGAGCCGGAGUGGGAGCCGUGAUCAGGACAGAAGUACAAGUCACGAUCAUGAUGAACGACGCGAGCGGCGCAUACAAGAAAGAGCCCGGCGCAGAGAUCGUAGAGGAGGGCCUGGGCCGGCUGACGAUGACUCCAGAUCGGACCUUGGACGAAGUGAAGGCGAGGAAGCCGCUUCCUCAUCUCUAUCACCGCCGCUCUCAUCUCCUCGCCAUCCGGAUGCCGUUGAGGCCCGCCAGCGAGGCGCUCGGACUGUUGCUCACCAGGCAAGCCUACGGUCCCUUGUAAGUGCCUCGGACAGCGGCACAGGGACCGGCGACAGUCUCGACGAAGCCCAUCUCAUGCAGGAAAUCUUGGCUGAAGGCCUGCUUGACGGCAUCGAUGUUGAUCAGCUGACCGAGGCACAGCAAGAUGAGCUAAGUGAGAUUAUAGCUCAGCGCUACAGGGAGUUGCAUCCCCGGCGUGGCCAACGACCGACAUCAAGCCCUAGUCCGGGCGCCCCACAGCCUUCUUUGGACCUCGUCGCCAGCAUGGGCAGUCUUGGGGUUGACGACCCAGAUGGCCAAGCCCCCCGGUGGUCGACAGCUGGCAGCCGCCCAAGUGCAGAUCCCAGGCCAGCCAAUCGGCCUACGAGCGCACAGAGGGAGACCAUGCCUCCGACUUCGUACACAGUAAACUCCCGUGACCAGGUGAGGACAACAUCCGAAACUCAAGUACCGAACCCGAGACGAGCUUCGGAUCUUGGUGGCCGCCCAGAUAUGAGGGGACCUCGCUCAACUCAUCCGGGAGUCAGAUCAGCGACAGACCUGUCGAACCAUCCACGUAGUGAGGCACCAGAUCCGAGACAACUUUCAAGCGAUCGCCGGGUAUCUACAGAGCCUCGUGGCGACCGACGGUCGCGGGCCACUAGACCUGAGCAGACCGCCAGUCCACCAGAGGUGGAAACACCGGCAUCUAUGUCGCCCACCGCGGCGAGUGCAAUACCGACGGUCAAUGAACCUGCUCCGAGCCUUGUGACCCCUCGCUCGGUGCCACAGCAGGGGCCGGCCGAAGUUGAUGGCACGUCCGCCGUCAACAUCAGGACCGAAUUUGAAGAGCCUUCAAUAUCCUGCUAUCGAUGCAAUCGGAAGGGCAUUCAAUACGAGGUGUACAAGCAUUGCAGUCCCUGCAACGUUGAUCUGUGCCUCAGAUGCUAUCGCUCUGGCCGUGGCUGUAAUCACUGGUUUGGCUUCGGCCACGCAGCACUGACAAGGUUUGACGCUUCACAUCCGCAACGACGAAACCAAGCCAUGGAGCUACCUCAUCUGCUUUUCGGCAGGCAAUUCCAAAGACCGCCAUCGACCUCCGUCCAGACAGCGGAGCCGUCUAAGACUAUCACGACAUCCGAUCCAGCGUCCCGGCUUCAAGAAGGCCAUUUCUGCGACCAUUGUGGAGCUUUUGCCAACGCGUGCUACUGGUCUUGCGACUACUGUAACGACGGGGAAUGGGGCUUUUGUAACGACUGCGUCAACACGCACCACUGCUGUAGCCACGCCCUGCUUCCCAUUGCACACAAACUCUUCGCUCCUGGCAACUCUCUACCUCGCAAUUACAACCCUCAUACCGGCUCAUUAAACCUCACUCCGGCCGAUGCUCACGCCUCCUUCACUCGGCCCCUCCAAAAUCGCUCCUCUCCAGCCCACAGCGCCCCGUCAUCCGUCACCUCUAUGACCGACGCAUCAACUGCUGGCCCACACCCUGACUACGUCAACCUGUCUAUCACCACUCAUUGCGACAUCUGCGCCUCUCCCAUCCCCCCUUCCGACUCGCGCUACCAUUGCCCGAUGCAUCCUACGCCUACCGCGGCAGCUCCCACCCGCACUGGCGACUACGACGUCUGCACCUCUUGCUACCACAAUUUGAUCAAAAUCGGCCGCAUUGCCCGUGAAGACGGGCCAGCCGGCUGGCGCAAGUGUCCAACAGGCCACCGGAUGAUCAUCACUGUCUUUGAAGCCUCGGCAGCUGAUUCAGGCGGCCAGCGCCGUGUAAUCCUGCACGACCUGGUCGGUGGCCUGAAGAUGAGUGACGAAGACAUCGCCGCAUGGCAAAGCACGCUGAACAACAGCUCUGCACCGCCCUCGUCCUUCAAUGCGCGUGGUCAGUGGACGUGGCGCGACCCGGCCGACCCGGCCGAAAACAACACCCGUCGGUCUCGCAGCCGCAAGUCCACCUUACUGCCAAGUGCACAGGAGGGCGGCAACAAGACCAGUCGCUUCCCGCCCAAUGGUGGGUUCGGUAAGGUGUCUCGCGCGCUGUGGAGCUACUAUCCCGAGGAAGGGGAGGAAGGCAGAGGAGAAUUGCUGUUCCCCAAAGGCGCAGUCAUUACGGAGAUGGAGGAUAUCAACGAAGAGUGGAGCGAAGGUGUGUAUGCUGGCGAGCGGGGUUUGGUGCCUCUGGUGUAUGUACGGGAGGUUUGA